UAAUAGAAAGAGGAGAAUAGAUCUCUGAUAAUGACUAAUAUAAACGUGCUAAACAUAUUUCCUAGUGUCAUUGAAUAAUUCAUUUGCUCAUUUGUAGGUGAACCAUCCCUUUAAUUUUCCUCCUCCACGCCACGUUAACAACAUGCAGGCAAAUGCCGCCAUGUUACAUAGAAAUCUGCCCAAUCAGAUACAUAAUCUGCAACAACAAUAUAACCAUCAACAAAGGACUAGGCAUGACAGUGGAGGUUACCGACAACAGCACAGAGAAAGCCAAGAGCCGAGAGAUGAAUAUGCGGGGUUGAUGACUUUGAGAGAGAAACAGUGGUUGUUGAAUAUUCAGCUGCUGCAGCUGAAUACAGGAACUCCCUAUUUUGAUGAUUAUUACUACACAAUUUUCAAAGAGAGAAAAUCGAGAAGCAAUAAAGAGAACUUGAAUGAACGAAACCUCUUUAACAACAAAAGGCAACAUAGGAACAGCGAUAGGCAAGAAAAUCAAAAUACCCUAACUCCUAGAGUUUACACACCCUUACAGUUUGAAAAUUCCUUGGGAAAAUUGCAGUGUGGAUCUGUGACAGCACCACGAAAAAUCAUAGACAUGGAUAUUGUUACUCCUGACAAGGACAACGAUACUCCGCAGGGUUCUCGAGAUACAAGAAAAACUAAGCAACUUCUUCUUGAACUAGAAGCCCAUUAUGCAUCACUCCUAAAGGCAGAAGAUAUAAAUAAUCCUUUAUAUAUUAGCAAUAUGGAGAAAUUGAGGGAAAUGAAGCAGAAGCAAAG